UUACAUCCGCUCGAGCCUGUGUGGUACCGUGUCAUCACCAGGUUACGUUUAUUUAGUGCAUGGUGACGAAUUUGCAAUUCAUUCCCCGAGUCGAAUCCAAGAAGAGGAAGGAGGAAAGAGUGCAGCAAUUAUGAUAAAGGACAUACCAACUAAGGCUGAUUUUACCAAGGAGUUGAGUGAUGCAGGUGAUAAACUUGUUGUGGUGGACUUCUAUGCACAAUGGUGUGGACCGUGCAGAAUGAUUUCCCCUAAAAUAGAGGAAAUGAGUAAGGUGUAUACGGAUGUUAUCUUCUUAAAGGUUGAUGUCGAUGAGAAUUCAGACACUGCAGAAUCUGAAAGCAUAUCAGCAAUGCCCACCUUUAAAUUGUACAAGAAUUCUAAACUUGUUGAUGAGUUAACUGGUGCAUCUGAGGUAAAAAUCAAGGAACUUAUUGAGAAGCAUAAAUAAGAAAUGAAAAUGGAGCAAUUUUUAUUUUACUACACCAUUGAAUUUUAGAAUGUACGUCUUGUAAACAGUUUAAUUGGUAUUAGAUUCAGACAUCACAACUGCCUGUUGAUCAUCAUUUUGUGAGGUUUUCUUAUGAAAAAUAUUUGUAGGCUUAAAAUAGUGAUAACAAUGUGUUGAUUGUAAAAUUCAAACAUCCUAUUAAAGAGGCUAAAGUAAGUUGCGCAUCCGGUCUCACGCUGGUAUGAUAUCUAUUAAGAAAACAAUGUUGUACAUAUCAUGUGCUGUAUAAAUCUGUACCUGAUUGCUUGACCAAAAGUCUAUCAAACAUCUUUUCAGACUCAUCCUUUCAAUAUUACUAAAAGCUACUGUGUCUUUCUAGUGUAUAACCUAGAUUUGUGGAAUAGUUGUAAUCCUUUGUAUAAUCAUUGUUUUUACUAAUUGUAUCUAUUACUAUCUUCAGUGGUGGAUUUAGGCGUUUCUCGCCACAAUCAUCAUUCAUAAUUUAACCAUUUAUGUGAUAAUUACAGUAUCAAAUGGAAAUUCAUUAAAAAUAAAGAAGUACAAAACUA